AUGGACAACGCCGCGGAGGUGGCCAAGAGGGAGAAGCGGGGGCAUUCUGUCGAUGCGGCGGUGGAGGAGGAGGAGGACGCCAGCCACCACAACGCGGCGGGAUCCGGCGGGGAUGAGGGGGACGAGGAGGAGAGGAUCUCGUCGGGAGGAAUGGGCGCGAGGCACGCCGACGACCACCGGGAGAAGCGGGGAACACCGACGCCGACGACCACCAUGCCCGUCGCUAGGGGGCUGCCACCUCCACAACCUCCGCCUCCGCCAUCGCCGCCUACUGGCUGCCGCUCCCUAUCCGUCGCCCGCCGCGCGCUCGCCCGCCUGCCGCCACCGCCACUCCGCGCCUCCACUCCACUCCGCUUCGUCGGCUCCUGCACUCGCACACUGCCUCCGUCGGCCGCCCUCGUGGCGCCGCCCUUCUUCUCUCCCGCCUCGGCCCCGCCAGCUUGCAGAGAAGUGUGA